UGGGAGGAGCUAGACAGGCCCCUGCCAAACUGUCACAGGCUCGUGGUGCUGGCAUUGGCUCAGGCUUUCAUACCCACACACGGACACACACUGGCUAGCAUUUCCUUGGUGGCCUCCACGGUCUCACCUUCAGGUCCUGCCUCCCAGGCUCAAAGCUGGCUCCACCAGGGACACAGUGACAUGAGAGGCACACCACAGACCCACCUCCUGGCCUUCUCUCUCAUCUGCCUCCUCUCAAAGGUGUGUACCCAGCCAUGCCCGACACUGUGUACCUGCCCCUGGCCACCACCCCGCUGCCCACUGGGGGUGCCCUUGGUGCUGGAUGGCUGUGGCUGCUGCCGGGUGUGUGCACGGCGGCUGGGGGAGCCCUGCGACCACCUGCACGUCUGUGACCCCACCCAGGGCCUGGUCUGCCAAGUCGGGGUGGGCCCCAGCAGCCGGGGAGCCCAUUGCCUCUUGGGAGAGGACGACGGGAGCUGCGAGGUGAACGGCCGCCUGUACCAGGACGGGGAGACCUUCCAGCCCAACUGCAGGAUCCGCUGCCGCUGCACGGACGGUGGCUUCACCUGUGUGCCACUGUGCAGUGAGGACGUGCGGCUGCCCAGCUGGGACUGCCCUCACCCCCAGAGGGUUGAGGUCCCGGGCAAGUGCUGCCCUGAGUGGGUGUGCAACCAGGGAGCUGGGCCAGGGGUCCAGCCCCUUCCAGCCCAAGGAUCCCAGUUUUCUGGCCGUGUGGCUCCGCCAACCCCUGGCAUCCCCUGCCCAGAAUGGAGCACAGCCUGGAGCCCCUGCUCCACCACCUGUGGGCUGGGUGUGGCCACCCGGGUGUCCAACCAGAACCGCUUCUGUCGUCUGGAGACCCAGCGCCGCCUGUGCCUGCCCAGGCCCUGCCCACCUGCCAGGGGCCGCAGCCCACAGCACAGUGCCUUUUAGAGCCAGGCUGGAAAUGGAGAUGCCAUGCCCACCCUGCCUUGUUCCUGGGUUCUGGGUUGAUGGCAGAAGUCUCCUGUCCAUGCCCGUGGCUGCAGGCAACAAACCAGCUUGGGUC